AUGGGCGCAGGCGAUGACGAGUCGACCAAUGGCCGCCCAGGUCACCGCCGCGGGGACUGGCUAACCAUUAUCGUUUUCAUCAGCAUCGCGCUCUACAAUGUCGUCGAGCUGAACUUUCUCAUCGCCAGCACCUUCAAGCGAUACCGCGGCCUCUAUUUCUGGAGCUUCCUCGUUGCGACAUGGGGUAUCGCCUUCAAUGCGGUCGGCUACCUGGUGCGCAGCCUCCGGGCUGACCCCUCUGGCUACGCCCAGGCCACGAUCAUUCUCAUCGGGUGGUGCACAAUGAUCACAGGCCAAUCACUCGUCUUGUAUUCGCGCCUGCACAUUGUUUUGCACAAUGCGGCACGGUUGCGCAUGGUCCUGAUCAUGAUCAUCACAAACGCCGUGUGGCUCGGCGUGCCCGUCAUCAUUCUCGUCUACGGCACCAACUCCAACAACCCUGGGCCAUUCGAGAAGCCCUACUCGAUCUUCGAGAAACUGCAGCUCACCGUCUUCUUUGUGCAGGAGGUCAUCAUCUCCGGCCUAUACAUAUAUGAGACGGCAAAGCUGCUCAAGCUACAUCGCGGCGUGGCAAACUCAGGGACCAGGCGUGUCAUGGGCCACCUGAUCCUCGUCAACGUCUUCAUCGUGCUCCUCGACAUCAGCAUUCUCGUCCUGGAGUUCACCGAGCACUACAACCUGCAAACGGCGUGGAAAGCGCUCGUCUACAGUAUCAAGCUCAAGGCCGAGUUCAGCGUGCUCAAUCGCCUCGUCGAGUUCUCGCAGCUGCUGCGCAACGCCGGUUCCAUGAAUGCGAGCCGCGCUCACAACACAACUGACAUUGCGCUCGAGCGGUAUAUUCUCAACGCGUCGCGCGCGCCGACUGAAACGGAGUACGAGGUGCACGUCGGGACAGGGCGGAGAGACAGUGAGAAAGAGGGCGCGCAGCCACAAGGCCUGGAGGUGGUCAAGACGACUGCCGUAACAGUCAGUCGCACGGGAAGACAGCCGACGGAUCCGGCGGACAGCCGGUCUGCUGGCCAGGCGUCAACUGAGGACAUAACCGAAGCGGGCUGUGCCUCGUCGGUAUCGUCGGAGGCGCAUUUGGCAAGGCCGUAG